CUCCACGCCGCCGCUGCACCCCCCAUACGGCCACUCGCCCGCACCGACGUCUCUACACCCGAUCCCGAGACGCAAUGGCGCUGCUUACCGAGAAGGCGCUCGUCAACUACGAGGAGCAGGAAGCCGCCUUUGUCGACUUCCUCAAGCACUUCAAGUCCUCGUCGACCGAGGCCGAGGAGCAGCUGCAGGGCCUGACCCUCAACGGCAAUGCCAACGACGACGAGUAUGACAUGGUCGACGGCCCCGACGACCCGCGCUCGCAGCGCCCGUCCAAAGUCAAGUACAUGGCCGUGCUGCAGGACGUCGCGAACCGCGCGCGCAGCGACGUUCUGAUCGACCUGAACGACCUUGAAGAGUACGAGAGGACCGCCGCUGCCGACGACACCAACUACAGGCUGGUCGAGUCCAUCGAGCGCAAUGCACACCACUACCUGGAGAUCCUGUCGAGGGCCGUGGACAAGUGCCUGCCGCCGCCGACCCGCGAGAUCAACUUCAAGGACGACGUUCUGGACGUGAUCAUGACACAGCGAUCGAAGCGCAACGAGAGAAUACAGGAGCUGCAGGGCGUAGAAGACACCGCGCAGGCCGCCCCCGAGUCCAUCUUCCCCGCCGCACUGACCCGACGGUACACGCUCAACUUUGCGCCCAGGAUAGCCUCAGGCUCGAGCAGCCAGCGCCCCAUCAAGGCGCUUGCCGUCCGAAACGUCAAGGGCGAGCACCUCGGCCACCUCAUCACCGUCCGUGGUAUCGCGACCCGGGUGUCCGACGUCAAGCCUGCGGUGCUGGUCAACGCCUACUCGUGCGACCGCUGUGGAAGCGAAGUCUUCCAGCCCGUCAGCACAAAGCAGUUCACGCCGCUAGUCGAGUGCCCGUCGGAUGACUGCAAGAACAACAAGACCAAGGGCCAGCUGUUCCUGUCCACUCGCGCGUCCAAGUUCCUUCCGUUCCAGGAAGUCAAGAUCCAGGAGAUGGCCGACCAGGUCCCCGUUGGACACAUCCCUCGACAGCUGACGAUCCACUGCCACGGGGCGCUGGUGCGCAAGGUCAACCCCGGCGACGUUGUCGAUGUUGCUGGUAUCUUCCUGCCCACACCCUACACUGGAUUCAAGGCAAUUCGCGCUGGACUGCUCACCGACACCUAUCUCGAGGCACAGUUCGUCAUGCAGCACAAGAAGGCAUACGACGACAUCGUCCUUGCUCAGCCAACACUCCAGAGGAUGAACGAGCUGGAGAGGACAGGACAGCUGUACGAGUACCUUUCGCGCUCAAUCGCUCCUGAGAUCUUCGGUCACGUCGAUGUGAAGAAGGCGCUUCUGCUGCAGCUGAUUGGCGGUGUCACCAAGGAGGUCAAGGACGGUAUGCGCAUUCGUGGUGACAUCAACGUCUGCUUGAUGGGUGAUCCUGGUGUUGCCAAAUCGCAACUUUUGAAGUACAUUACCAAGGUGGCGCCUCGUGGUGUAUACACAACUGGUCGCGGUAGCAGUGGUGUAGGUCUGACUGCCGCUGUCAUGCGUGAUCCAGUCACCGACGAGAUGGUCCUUGAAGGUGGUGCUCUUGUCCUCGCUGACAACGGCAUGUGCUGUAUUGAUGAGUUCGACAAGAUGGACGAUAGCGAUCGUACCGCCAUUCACGAAGUCAUGGAGCAGCAGACAAUCUCCAUCAGCAAGGCGGGUAUCACCACCACGCUCAACGCCCGCACAUCGAUCCUGGCCGCUGCCAACCCUCUCUACGGCCGAUACAAUCCCCGCAUCUCACCCGUCGAGAACAUCAACCUUCCCGCCGCGCUCUUGUCUCGUUUCGACGUACUUUUCCUUAUUCUUGAUACCCCUUCGCGAGACUCUGACGAAGAGCUGGCGCGUCACGUUGCUUAUGUGCACAUGCACAAUGCCCAUCCUGAACCUUCUGGAGGUGUUGUUUUCAGCCCUGCUGAGGUCCGACAGUGGGUUGCCCGCGCCCGCUCGUAUCGACCCACCGUACCAAAGGAGGUCUCAGACUACAUGGUCGGUGCGUAUGUCCGCAUGCGCCAGCAGCAGAAGCGCGACGAGGGGUCGAAGAAGGCCUUCACCCACACGUCGCCCCGUACACUGCUUGGUGUGCUUCGUCUCGCACAGGCCCUGGCCCGCCUCCGAUUCGCGGCAGAAGUCAUUGCAGAGGACGUCGAUGAGGCGUUGCGUCUUACUGAAGUCAGCAAGGCCAGUCUGUACGCAGAUGAGAACCGCAGGGACGACCAGACCCCCAGCAGCAAGAUCUACCACCUCAUCAAGUCGAUGGAGGCCAGCGGAGCUGCUGCAGUUGGCGACGGCACACGAGGCGAGCUGGACCUCCGCCGGGUCAGGGAGCGAGUUCUGGCCAAGGGCUUCACGGCCGACCAGUUCGAGCAGGCCAUUGACGAGUACUCUUUGCUCGAUGUCUGGCAAACUACCGGCGAAGGCACAAGACUGGUUUUCAUCGAAGCCGGUGACGAUGACGAAGACAUGGACGCUGACAACGAUUUUUGAGGGACUGGAAUGUGAGUGGCAUUUGGCUAGAUAUUUUUGGACAUGGCGCACAACGGCGUUCACACCCAGCAAGGUGGGUAGUAAGCAGGCAUCUCACGAUAGCGGAAGAAAGCAAUUGUACGAAGUACCAUGUGCAUAUGCAAGGACGUGAUCAACCGCCCUGCAGGCAUUGUACAUGCCUGCCAAGAUUCCCCAUGCAGCUCACCAUCAUUGCGCCUGCGGGGUCGAUCACCCAGCUUGAUUCGCGUGAACUCAGCAUCGUCACUU